ACCUUCUUUCUCAUUUAAGGGAAAAGGAAAUGUCUUUGGGCCGGACUCAAGAUUGAACCUCGCACAUGGUGACUGGGUGGACGGGUUGAGAUCGACCUCUGCAUGUGACACGGGAGACCCAGAGUUAGACUAGUAGUUGCUGGAGGAUACCGACCGGGGAGGCUGCCUUUGAGGCGGCUUAACUCCUGACAGCAAUGUAAGAUUUGUGCGCCCGGGCGGUCCUCGCGAAGCUCCAAGAUUUUUGAAAAUGUGCUAGGUAAGGCGCCGGUCCGAGUGAGCUGACGACUAGAAGUAGUGGUGUCAUUUCAGACUUAGCGGAAGCGGAGGCCAGGAGAGGCUUCUGCAGCUCUCCCACCAGUUGUGAAAGUGGUGUUAGAAUGCGGCUCUCGCCGCUGGUGUAGCUCUGGCAUCAAAAGGUCAUGAAACGAGUGCGCACCGAGCAGAUUCAGAUGGCAGUGUCCUGCUACCUCAAACGCCGGCAGUACGUGGACUCAGAUGGGCCUCUGAAGCAAGGACUGCGGCUAUCACAGACUGCUGAGGAGAUGGCGGCCAACCUCGCAGUCCAAUCAGAAUCUGGUUGUGCCAACAUAGUGUCUGCAGCCCCUUGCCAGGCAGAACCCCAACAAUAUGAAGUACAGUUUGGACGACUGCGGAAUUUUCUCACCGAUUCUGAUUCCCAGCAUAGCCACGAAGUGAUGCCUCUCCUCUAUCCUCUCUUUGUCUACCUCCAUCUCAACCUGGUCCAGAACAGUCCCAAGAGCACAGUGGAAAGUUUUUACAGCCGCUUCCAUGGAAUGUUUCUGCAGAAUGCUAGCCAGAAGGAUGUCAUUGAGCAGCUACAGACCACUCAAACCAUCCAGGACAUCCUGUCUAACUUCAAGCUUCGAGCAUUCCUAGAUAACAAGUACGUGGUCCGUCUCCAAGAAGACAGCUACAACUACCUUAUCCGCUACCUCCAAAGUGACAACAACACCGCCCUGUGCAAAAUCCUCACCUUGCAUAUCCAUCUUGACGUGCAGCCUGCCAAGAGAACAGACUAUCAACUCUAUGCCAGUGGCAGCUCCUCACGAAGUGAGGGCAACGGCUUAGAGCCCACUGACAUGCCCACCCCUAUUCUGCAGAACGAGGCUGCCCUGGAGGUCUUGCAGGAAAGCAUUAAGCGCGUCAAGGAUGGCCCACCCUCCCUCACUACCAUCUGUUUCUAUGCCUUCUAUAACACAGAGCAGCUGUUGAACACUGCAGAAAUCUCCCCAGACAGCAAGCUGCUUGCUGCUGGGUUUGACAACUCCUGUAUAAAAUUGUGGAGUUUACGAUCUAAGAAGUUAAAAUCAGAACCCCAUCAAGUCGACGUGUCCCGCAUCCACUUGGCUUGUGAUAUUCUGGAGGAGGAGGAUGAUGAGGAUAAUAGUGCGGGCACAGAGAUGAAGAUCCUGCGGGGACACUGUGGACCAGUGUACAGCACGAGGUUCCUCGCGGACAGCUCAGGGUUGCUCUCUUGUUCCGAAGACAUGUCCAUUCGGUACUGGGACCUCGGGACUUUCACCAACACUGUGUUGUACCAAGGACAUGCCUACCCGGUAUGGGACCUGGACAUCAGCCCAUAUAGCCUGUACUUCGCCAGCGGGUCUCACGACCGCACUGCGAGGCUAUGGUCAUUCGAUCGGACGUACCCGCUGAGAAUAUAUGCAGGACACUUGGCAGAUGUGGACUGUGUCAAAUUCCACCCUAAUUCUAACUACUUAGCCACAGGCUCGACUGACAAGACUGUCCGGCUGUGGAGUGCUCAGCAGGGGAACUCAGUGAGGCUCUUCACAGGCCACCGCGGCCCCGUGCUCUCACUUGCCUUUUCUCCCAACGGUAAGUACCUGGCAUCAGCUGGCGAGGACCAGCGGUUGAAGCUUUGGGACUUGGCCUCUGGGACCCUUUAUAAGGAAUUGAGAGGCCACACGGACAAUAUCACCAGCCUCACCUUCAGUCCAGACAGUAGUUUAAUCGCAUCCGCGUCCAUGGACAACUCCGUGCGCGUCUGGGACAUUAGGAACUCGUACUGCAGCGCACCUGCCGAUGGCUCCUCCAGCGAACUCGUGGGUGUAUAUACUGGGCAGAUGAGCAAUGUACUGAGCGUGCAGUUCAUGGCCUGUAACCUCCUCCUCGUGACGGGAAUCACGCAAGAAAAUCAGGAACAUUAAUUUUUUUAAUCUUUGUUUUUACGGACUGGGGUGCUGGUGAAAGGCCUCCAGAUUGCAAGUCUUAUGACAGACUGAAAUUGAAUCACUGACGGACUGUGAAAGACUCCCCGCCUCUCCUUCUCCUCCUGUGCAGACAUCUGAGCAUGUCUCCCCUUCACUCUCCCCCCAAAUGUCCGAGGACAGGGACUGAGGGAGGCGGUGACAAAAGGACAUGAGGUCAAAGAAUUAAGAUGCUCUGGAGGUGAGACGGCGAGUGCUUACAAAGACCCCGCUGCAUCCUACACAGGCACCUGCACAUCUCUGUCUCAUGUCCUGUUCGUUACACCGCAGCGCUGCUUGCCUCACCGAGUACUGCGUGUGGUCCCGGCAGCUCACAGUCGUCACUCGGCAGCAGGGAAGCCUUACUGGUGGAGGAAUGCAGGGGUGGGAACAGGAAAGGGGGCGGGAUGGUCCUGGCAAAGUCUUUCCAUAAUUACAGAGAACCAGGAUUUUUUUUAUUAUUGUUAUUAUAAUUAUAAUUAUUAUUAUUAUUAUUGAGAAAAGGAAACCUAGCACUGGCAGAGGGUGCCUUCUCUGCUCUCAUCUUUCAGGUUUGACUCCUGGCACUGGCUGUGAUACUUGGAAUUUUGAGGUUCAGGGAAUUCAGAGAAUCUGGUAGCACAGUGUAUUGGGAGAAAGGGAAAAUUCCUGGGUGACAGAUUGAUCACUCUGACUGACAUGUUUCUGGAAGUGGGUGGGUGGAUUUGACUGAGAAAGUCUUGGGCUCUUGCAGUGAUGGUGGGAAAGAGAUUCUUUUCAUGGCUAUUAACAGUUCUCUCCCCUGAAAGGACAGAUUAUGAUAAAGAAAUGAAAAUAAUUGAAAAUGACAAAUCACAAGAUAGAAUUAGAGACUAUUGAAUUUCUAAAUGAGAAUUUAUUCAGAGGUGUGACUUUUUCCACAUCUUUUUCUCCUGAGAUCAUCUACUCCCGCCUCCUGCGUUGCAAUAGCAGUAUAAUGAACACUUUGUGAAGCAAAUUGUAAGUACCUACGCACACAUAUAAAACUAUGCUUUAAGGAUAAAGCAAGUUCUAAUUUGUGCAAAAGGAUUAAAUAUUUCUGUUUUCUGAAAAGAGUUAUUUUGUAUUUUGUUUUCUAUUAAAAUGUAUUUAGUUUCAAAGAAAAAAAGUGUUGGCAUCUCAUUUAAACUGUGAGGACAGGCAGGUGUAUGUUCUGUCCUGGGGACAAGCAGCUCACCUGUCUUCAGGAUAAUAGCCAGUGAUAUAGGCCAGGCUAGCCCCAACAGAGGUGCAUUCUUCCCAAUCUUGUGUGCUGUUCAGCUUGCUUUGCAUUACGAUUCCUCUUGGCAACUAUGAGGGUCACUGAUGGUAUUUAAUACUAUUUAUACAUCCAAGAUCACCAAGAUCUCUGCUGACCAAGACAACAUAUAAUUUACCCUCUAGAGUUCUUUGGGAAGAUCUUCCAAUUUUCUUUAAAGACCCCAUGUAAGGGGCAUAAGAACUGUGUUAUUUAAUUAGCUCUAUUUAUUUAACAAUUCCAGAUAAAGGACUCAUUCAGAGAUGAAGUGGUGCCAAAACUUUAAAAGUAUACUUCAAAACAUGACUUACUGGCAAGGACCCCAAGAAUUAUCAGGGAAUUAAAUAGGAAAACUGUAGAAUUCUAUGCCAAAAUAAUGUUUUUUACUUGAGCCUGAGAUGCUAAUGGAUGGAAAGUGUUUCUUAUUCAUAAAAAUACUAAUAUUUGAGACAUUGUAAGAAGGAUCUCUUUUGCAGUUUAGCCAGAUGACAUUACCUUCCAUGUGGUCUGCAAGUAAAGCCUAGAAUCAAAUGUGUUCUUCUCUGUAAUAAGUGAACUCUUAGAUUGUGUGAUAUAUUGCUAGAAACUAUGAAACCUCUAAAGUUGAGUUAUCACUCUCAGAUGUGAAAAUACCACUGACUUAGGAUGAUUUCAAAGGUUUUUGUGUCUGUCUUAUAAUGCAGAAUUUCUUUAAUUAAACACAAAAAUGUAUUAGGUUGGUCAAUUUUCACAUUACCGAUCAUGUAUAUACUUUGUGAUUUCAGUUGAAGUUCGUAAUUAUCUGCAUAUUUGGCCCUUUUCUACCUUUUGUGAACUGAUUUUAAUGUGGGGUAAUUUAACUUUGUAGAAUGCCUCUUACAACUUCCCCCCAAAUCUUAGAAAUAUAAAGGGUAUGUCUGUAUGUUUAUAUCCACAAGGGUGCAUAAAAACAUGGUUACACUCUUCACGUUUGUCUCUUGCAUUGUUUUAUCUUCAAAGCCAUCCUGUGAAGUGCAUAGGAAGGACUAAAGCCCAGAAAAACUGUUUAUCUAUCCACACCCAACAUGGGAUAGCCACAAGUCUUGCAUAUGUUAAUUAAGAUCUAAAUUCUGAAUCUUCAAUUUCUAGAUGGAGUGUAUAUCCCUGAAAAUAGUAGAGAAAAAAAUUUUUGACUCUCUAAAAUGGAAAUAUAAAGAUAAAUAAACCAUUUAACAAGCAUGUAUAUAGUGCUUUCUGCCCGAAGACACUCCAAGAGCUUUAUGAAAAUUAUUUUAUCUGUAUAACAACCCUCUGAGGAUAAGCACCAUUUUUAUCCUCAUUUUAUUGAUGAGGAACCUGAGGCACUGGUGGUUCUUGCCAAAGGAUCACACAGUCUAACAGGCACAACAAGAAUUUGACCCAGACAGUCUGGCUCCAGGGUUCCUGCUCUUAUCCAUGUUGUCUUCCUUCAUUCACACAAGACCAGGUGAAGAGUGAAGCUGGCAAUAGUUGUAAGACUUGUGCUUCCCUUUACUGAAGAAAUCAGAAACAAGCAGGAUCAGGAGCUGGCAGUAAGAACAAGCUUCAACAUUAUGUGGCUAAAAGAAAUUUCAGAAUACUCAGCUAUUCAGAACAAUAAUAAAUCCCUGUGAUAUGUGUGAGGUAAAGUGGGAUUUCUUAGACUUGCAGACUCAGAAAAAUCGGACUAUAAUUUUAAUUUAACAGUAGAUAAAGGAAAGUAAUGAAUAGAGAUGAAAUUGAAAGCUUUUAUAUUCAAAGUUAAUCUUCUGAGGAUAUGAUUAGAUUUUCACUUGUUUUACUCGUGUAUUUAAAGUGUCUUGGUUGUAUAAAGAAAAUGUAUUGCAUAUGUAGGCUUCUAAUUUUUCUAUUGCCCAGAUUGAUAUUUAAGUAUAUGGAUUAAAAGAUUAGUCUGUACUUCAACUUGUCUUUCAGUUGCAUGUUUUAGAAAAGUGUGUACCCACAUCAUGGCAGCCAAAUGACUGAAACUGCUUUGUGGUAAAACAAAAAUCGUCAUAGAAUUUAAGGAAUGCAAAUGCUUCCUU